AUGGCGACCCCUAGUGUCCAGGCGAGCGAGUCCCUCUGGGCGCACGCUACUGGUGACCUUCCUACGCCCCACGACCCUACGCCUUUAGGCCCUGCCCCUGACGACGCCGCUAGAGACCGCUUUACCCGCCAGCGUGUUGACCUGACGGCGUGGAAGUCGCGUGACGUUGCGGCCUGCAUCGCUCUUAGUAGCCUCCUCCCUGAGUCUGAGGAGGCCCACUUCACUCAGGCUCGCACUGCUAUCAAGGCCCGCUACGCUACUCCCACCAUUGUCUCCCUUGGCCGCCUCUUCCUACCGUUCUUGUUCCCUGACCUCGCCUCGUUUGAGCGCUCUGCUGACUUGAUUGCUCACCUCCGCUCCCUCGAUUUUUGCUACCGUGCUACUUGCACUAACGCACAGCUUGCACUGCUUCCCCCUCCUAUGGCGAUUACUAUCUACUUCAUUGCCACUAGCCUCCCUGGCCGCCUUGCCUCGGUUCGUGACACGCUUCUUCUGAAGCACCUUAGUGAGCUCACUAUCGAGGUCCUUGAGUUUGCGCUCAAGGACGUCGAGAGCAACCUCCGCUCAGUAGCCUCCGCCUCUGGUGCUGUGCCCCCUCCACUGUUUCACGGGUGCACUGUCCCUCAGCUGCCCACUUUUACUGCCUCACUUGCCACUGCCACUACUGACGUGACUGCAGCUGCUGUUACGACUACGUUGCGGUCUCGAGUCACUACUUGCUACACUACUACUCUUCCUUGCCCUGCUAUUCCCUCUGGGUCUCUAACUGGCUUCCACAUCCCCUCGUUCUCAAGGAACUUGCUGGGCGUGAGGCCUCUCGUGAGUCAGCAUGUGGGUGUGUGGAUUGAGCCCUCUGGUGAGAUGGCGGUUCCCGUGUUUGGUCCAGUUGAUGCGUCGUGCUCCUGCCAGUCGCUUGCACACCCCAGCGUUCUGUGGCACCACCGGACGGGGCACCCGUCCCUCCCUCGUGUGCGCGCUAUGUCUCGUCAGCGUCUUGUCUUAGGCCUCCCGCGUGUCUUGCCGUCGCUGCCGCCUUCACUUGCACCGCCGUGCGAUCCCUACGUCGAGGGUCGGCUGCGCGCCACCCCUCACUCCUCCUCCCUUCGUUCGGCCACCGAGCCUUUUGAGACGCUCCACUUGGACGUUUGGGGCCCCGCCCCUCGCCUUGGCCCUGAGCGCGAGCGUUUCUUUUUUGUGGUCAUUGACGGCUACUCCCGCUACGCCACAGUGUUCCCCCUGGCAAAGAAGUCUGAGGUGACUUCUACGCUGAUCAGGUACGCCGCUCACCAGCUGAACCUCUGGCCACGCGUCUCUCGACCAGAGGCUUCAACGACCAGUCUUUGGACCGGGUCCCCUGGUGUUGCGUCAAGGUUUCGUGUCUGGGGUUGCUUGGCUCUUGUCCGCGACACUUCCGCGGACAAGCUCUUGCCUCGCGCCGUUUCCUGUGUCUUCCUUGGUUUCUCUGAGGACUCCUUUGACUUCACCUUUUACCACCCUCCCUCCCGGAUCUUUGACUCCCGUGAUGUCUGUUUUGAGGAGUCCACCCCCUACUACGUCAGGUACCCCAGUCGAGGUGUGUCCUAG